UGCGCAGUAGUCCUUCUGCAGCGCUGUGGAAAUGGCGCCUGCGUUUGAGUAGCAGUAGUCGGCAGUUAAGACGUUUAACUUACUAGAAAUCAAAGUUGUCUCUUCGAUUUUGCUCAGAGGUUUAGCAAAUAGGCCAAAAGAGAUUAUCCGGGCGAAUCGAACCCGGAUUAUGACCGGAAAAGAGUUGCCACGCGAGUCGCAUUUGAAGUAACGUUAUAUCCAGUUUUCUCGAGGGCCGUCAUCGUUGCCCAGUAAGCAUGCGUGACCUAGCAGCAGAAGUCACCAGCAGCUUGCUGCACUUCCCAGAAGUGACGGUAGAAGCUCUGGGAGAGGAUGAAGUUACGUUGGACUCUGUACUGCAUGGAAAAUUUACUGUCGGGAAAAGUGGACUGGCCUGGCUUGCUUGCGGACCCCAGUUGGAGGUGGUCCAUGCAGUUACUGGCGAGCGUUUAUCUGCUUAUCGCUUCAGCGGGGUGUUAGAGCACCCGCCCACAGUGUUGGCCGUGCGGGACUUCUGCUGGCUGAAGCGAACAGGGCUGCUCGUGGGUCUGGAGGAAGCUGAAGGCAGCAUGUUGUGCCUGUAUGAUCUUGGCAUCUCCCGGGUUGUCAAGGCUGUGGUCAUACCAGGCAGGAUCACAGCCAUUGAGCCCCUGGUUAGCUAUGGAGGGGCCAGUGCUAGCACACAGCAUCUCCAUCAGAGUCUGCGUUGGUUCUUUGGAGUGGCUGCUGUGGUAACAGACAUCGGUCAUGUUCUGCUGGUUGACCUCUGUCUGGAUGAUCUCUCCUGUAGCCAGAGUGAACUGGAAGCCUCAGAUCUAGAAGUGAUCAAUAAAUCUCCAUCUGAGAUUCCAAGGUUCAGGGAGAGUGCUGUUCAACAGGGCAGACACCUGUGUCUUCAGCUUAACAGCCCCACAGGUACAGGGGCGACAGCCUUGCAGUAUAUCCAGCGUACCAACCAGCUAGCUGUAGGCUUCUCUGAUGGCUACCUGCAGCUCUGGAACAUGAAGACCCUCAAAAAAGAAUAUCACUCUUUGCUAGAGGGCGGCAGAGUGCCCGUCUAUACGUUUACCUUCCAGGAACCAGAGAAUGACCCGCGGAACUGCUGCUAUUUGUGGGCUGUGCAGUCGGCACAGGAUCAUGAGGGGGAUGUGGUGAGCCUCCAUUUGUUACAGCUGGCCUUUGGCGAGAGAAAGUGCUUGGCUUCGGGGAAAAUUAUCUAUGAGGGUUUGGAGUAUUGUGAGGAGCGUUAUAGUCAGGACCUGAAUGGCAUAGCGUUUCCACUCAGGGCACAGGCAUCUAACACUCGUCUGAUCGGCUGCAAGACCAUUGAGAAGUUUCGUUACCAUCCUGAUCGUGAAGACAGCGUGAAUGAAGUGGCAUCUCCUGAUACAAGCGUAUCAAUUUUUAGCUGGCAAGUUAAGUCUUACGGACAAGGGCAGCCAUCCACUUUCAUUGGAGUUUUUGAUAUUAACAGAUGGUACCACGCUCAAAUGCCAGAUUCACUGAGGGCGGGGGAGUCUUUGAAGAACUGUCCUUAUAUGGCCGUGUGGUCCCUUGACUCUGUGGUGGAGAUGACUGCUCCCUGUCCUCUGAUAGACAUUCUGGUUCAUGAACGGAGUCUAAGUAGGGGUCUGCCCUACACCUGCCCUCCACCCGAACAGUUCUUUAAUCCCACCACCUACAACUUUGAUGGAAGUUGUUUGCUUAAUGCUGGAAUUGUGCACUUUACUUGCUCUGGCCACCAGAAGGAGACCCUGAGCUUCUUGAAGAAGGUGACACCAAGUUUGAGUGACAGCAUCACUAAUGGAUACUCGCGCUGCCUCAUGUCUGGCCUUCUGUCUUCUCGUCUGGCUGAUAUUCAGCCCUCCAGCCUCUCACAGGAAGAGCAGCUUGAUGCUAUCUUGUGCACUGCUGUGGAGACCAGCUCGCUGGGAUUCAUCACUGGUUGUAUUAAACAUUGGACUACUGAGGAGCAACCAGGGUCAGCAGUCAAUCUGCGCUAUAUUCUGGAAUGGGCCUGGAACAAGGUUGUCCACACCAAGGAAGAGCUGGAUGAAAUAUGUGCUCCACUCUUUGACAGCUCCACAAACUUCACAGAUCCACAGACACUUCAGCUGUUACAGCACAGUCGACGCUUGCUGGCAAACCUCAGCACCAUCUUCCACUGUUUGCUUAAUGAGGCUCAGGAACUCACACAGAAAGGGUUGGUGGGACUCAUGAACAAAUGCAUGGUGUCUAGUUUGAUUUCCCAGUAUGCUCAGGUGGUUCUGUGGUUCUGCCGUACCGGUCUCCUUCCAGAGGCCACUGAUGAUGAUUUGCUGCAAAUAUCAAGACCCUUUUACAGUCAUUCUGUCAUAAAGAACUACUACGUCAGCCAAAGGGAAGAACUGCGGAGACUGGCCAAGGAUAAGUGGUGUGCAGACUGUCUCAUGAUUGACGGACUGGUGAGUCAGUGUGGGCAGCGACUUAUUGAACUCUGGAAAAGGGACGAGGGUGGAACAGGACACUAUCCUCCCCCAUCACUUCAUGCCUUGCUUGAUAUUUAUCUCCUGGAAAAUGUUGAGGAGUCUGCCAAAUAUGCUAUUGUUAUUUAUUUGCUACUGGAUGUGAUGUACUCAUUUCCCAAUAAAAGUGGGGUGUCAGUGGAGUCUUUUCCCACAGCAUUUGCUAUUCCCAUUGGUUUAGUAAAACUGGUACAAGGCCUAUGGUUGCUGGAUCAUCAUGAUCAUGAGAGCUCGCUGGAACUGCUGUUGCACCCGGCCACCAGUCACUCGCUCUGGAGCUGGCAACACGAGCGCGUCCUGCAGGCUUUAAUGUGCCAGCAGAAGCACAACAUCGCUCUACGUUACCUGCACGUGAUGAAGCCGCCCCUGUCAUCUACCAACCAAGCCAAGCUUUCCCUCUCUGUUCUGCUGUAUAACAGGUGUAUUGUGGAGGCUUGGGCGUUGCUAAGGCAACACUGUAAUAAGUUGAACAUGGAGGAGUUAAUGAGGUUUCUCUUUGAGACUUGUCAGCAGCUGGGUCUGAUGAAAGAGCUGCUGAAACUGCCCCUUGGACCAGCAGAGCAGGAGUGUUUGGAACGAUUUCUUCAAAGCUCCGGGGGUUUCCAGAAUCGGGAGCUGCUUAUGGUCCACUACCUCCAGCAGGCCAAUUAUGUUCCUGCCCUUCAACUCAACCAAACCCUUAAAAUGAACCUUGCAACUGAUUGGGAUCCUAAGAUGAAAGAAAGGUCAAACACAAGAAACUCUAUUCUGAACCAAUAUGGGAAAGUUCUUCCUCGGGUUCAGCGGAAACUAGCUAUUGAGCGCGCAAAACCAUACCAACACCCUGCUACCAUACUUAGAGAAGUUAAAAGACCACAGCCUCUGUCAACCGUAACUAAACGUUCAGCAUCUGAAAACGUAAUGACCCGAGCAACCUUUAUCAACAAUGUCCUCUCCAAAAUUGAAGAAGUUUGGCUUGGCAAGAAUCCUACUCCAGAGUCAUCCCCUUCCAAAAGUCCCAGAGAGUCAGAGAUGCUACUGCCAAGCCUGCAUCCUCCCUCACCAAAUCUACUGCAGCCGUUUGUGGGAACACCAAUCAACAUGCUAACCAAGAGGAUGUCCAGGCUUUUGGAUUUGGUUGUGCAGCCAUCUUCCCAGAAUUCUCCAGGGGGUUCAAAUGUGCCGAGCACUCCUUCAAGGUCCAUAUCCUCGUGGGCUGGACCAAAGAGCAUCAGCAAAGCUCCUGAGCUCAAUCUGUUGCAAACUCCACAAGUAGUUAAGAGAGCUCGAGCACUGGCGUCAGUCCCGGUUUUCUCAGCCUUCACCCCACAGUCUAUUCUGAGGAGUAGUUUACGACCCACUCCUGUGGCCACUCCCUCUGCCUCCCCAGGCCGAUCUAUCACUCCCCCUCUUCGCGGCAAAGAAAGCCGUAUUACUUUUAUAGAAGAAUCUGAAUCUCCAGUUGCUACCAAGGGCUCCGUCCACUGGAACAAUGGGAUCACCAUUAACAAGGAGAUCAAAACGCCUAAGAGGUCUUCCCCACCUCCCAAAGCAAACAUUGUCUGGAGUGAAUUUUCAGACGCAGAAGAGGAAGAUAAAGAUCUAAGGACUUGCACCCCCUUAAAGGAAGAUGGAGAGCAUCGUGAUGUCGAAUCUGAGAGUGGAUCUUCUGUAAAAGAGAUUCUUGCAGAGGAGGCCAAACAAGUGCUGCCUGCUCUUUUGCGAAGGCCUAGUCUUGGGCAAGAAGCAUGUUUUGUCUCCAAUCAGUCUGAUACCACUCUUGAGUUUCACGAUGCUCCUUCACCUGAGGAUCUUAUAGAAACACAACGUCAAGUAGAUGACGGCAUGGAUCGAGAAGUGACUGUAAAACUUCCUAAAACUUUAGAGGAAGACCAUACAAGAGCAGAGUUGUUCUCUGUUACAGAGCUAGCGAAAGAGUUGGAUACAGAUGACAUAAACAUGACUUGGGAAGACUUGCCCUGUGGACGGAGCCUUUUGAACACACAGGAAGCUCAGGAAAAGAGUCUCGAGCUUAAAGUGCAUGCUGAGGUUGAGAAUGAUCUCGCGAAGGAAGUGACUGAAGAGCAGUGGCAGGAAACUUCAGAGACUGACAUUCACGAGCAACAUGAAGUUAUGGAAGCUGAGCUUGAGGUUCCACCUCGCCAUCUAACACUGCCGCUUCUGCCUGGGGUUUCAGAGUAUCCUGAAGUCGAGGAACCAACAGAAACAGAAGAAUCUUUUGAAUCCUCUAUUGUUUUGGAGGAAGGUACUGCUCCUAACACCGUUGAAGAACCAGCUAUCGAGGAGUCAGAACUAGUGUCACAAGAACCAGUUUUUGAGACCUCCGUUGUUUCUGAACUUCCAGCGAAUGAGUUCAUAAGUCAUGAACCUGUGGCUGAUGCUGUUGUUAAUGCACACAUUACUGCUGAACCUGAGGAAUCUAUGGAGAUAUCAGAUUUGGAUGCCUUUGUGGAAGAGCACUUAUUUGGUCCAGAUCUGUCCCCACCCUUGACCCGAUCCAGUAUUAGAGAAACUCCAGAGGCAUCAAUCCAAAGUGAAUCAGUUUGUGACAUUAAGGAAGUUGAACCCAUCCCUGACAAUGCUGCAGAAUUGAAAACACAGACAUCUGUUUCCUCAUCAGAACCUACAACCUCAGAGUCCAGAUCUGUAGUGAGCUUGAAUGACAGCGAUGAACUCACAAGUGCUGAAUCUGAGGAUGAGCUAGAAGAUGAAGAAGAGUCUGGAGAUGACAAUGCUGAGGACUCGGGUAGUGAGGUUGAGAUUAUAGAAGAAGUGAAAGGUAAUGGGAGGAGUAACCAUCUGUCUGGUCCUGCUCUUUACUUGGAGGAACUUCCACCACAUGAGCAGUACCUCCAGGAACAAGCCAAUGCUGUGUUCUCACUGGUCACGCCUGACGAACAAUUGCAAGUUUUGGAUAGCGACAUACCUGAGGGAGAUGGUGAAGUGGUAAUGGUUGGACUCGCCCCUGCAGAUCUAGAUGAGGAAGCUGCUGUGUCUUAUGCUGAGCUAAAGCCAUCCACCACUCUGCUGGUACCUGUAGAGCUGGCUGAGGAACAGCAAAUGCCCCUUAUAGAUGGAGGAACUUUAGAGACACUUAGCAGUGCUCCAGAUGGCAUGCUUCAAGAAGGCUGUGACAACUUCUCACUUAUGCUGGAUCCAGAUGUAGAGGAGCUGCCUAUUACUGCAGAGUUGGACUCUAAUAAUGUUUUGCUACCUUCACGUGAGCAAGAACAACCAAAGAAUGAUAAUUUUAACUCUGAGCUGUUCAUCAUGGAACCAACUGUUGACGUUUCAGACAACAAUGUAGAACAAGUGAAUGACUUUGUACUAAACGUUGAACCGGUUGAUAUUUCUUUUCCUGGACCUGUGGAGCAACCAGACAAACCAGCUGAUGAACAGAUAGUGGAAUCAGCAUCCAUGCCAGAAUCUGAAUUUUUUCUUCAAGAGACAAAAGGACUUUCUAAUGGUGACAGACUGGAUUGUGGUCUUGUUGAAAUGCAGGAAGAAGCGCACUCUUCUCUAAAAUUCAAAGUAUUGGAGUUGUCUCUACCAGAGGAUGUCUUGACCCCAGAAGAGCCUAAGGAAAUGUCUGAUUUGGUAACCGUGGUGUCAACUCUUGCAAAAGACAAUGUAACCGAGUCAAACCAGGUAGACGGUACACUUUCCUUGGAUGAAGAAACUGACAAGCUUUCCACAAUCAAAGAGGUAGCAAGGCCAAAGUCACCAGAAAGAUCUAAGUCACCUGCAAGGUCCAAAGUGGCAAAAAGUAGCGCUGAAGUUUUGGAGACUGUUAAAGAAGUGCCUAAGAGCCCAUCACGAAUGGGAAGGAAAAUCGUAACAUUCCCUGUACUAAAUCUUGACGCUGAGCAAGAUGUCACGAAGGAAGAACAGACAGAACUGCCUUCAACACCAAGACGUGUUACAAGGAGCGGCAAGCAACUACCAGACAGUCAAGUUCUUGUUACACCCCGAAGAAGCGCAAGAAAGGCAGACACAACACAGCGAAACAAUGCGGAUGACCAAGAUAUGCCAGCUGUAAAAGUGUCAAAGCCUUCAAAUCCAACACAAAAGACCCCACAGAAAGCCACUCCCAGGAAAGGAUCCCGAAGAACCCGGAACACAGUGGUGGAAGAAGAUGAUGCGGUAUCAGCAGAUCCUCCAGCCAGCGAUGACCCUCAACCAGAGACCAGACAGAGUGCCAGAAAAGCACGUCCUACAAUCGUUGAGAUUCAAGAGGCGCAUCAAGAAGUCCACGACGAGAGGGUACAGUCCAAAACACGUAGCAGUCCUAGUAGAGUUACACGCAAGUCUACCAGAGGACUUGCAUUGGAGAGUUUCCGAGAGGAACCUUCAGAAGUUGCUUUAACUAAACCUCUUAUGACUCCUCCAAGAAGCAGGAGGAAGGCUGUGAUCAGCACUUCAGAAAAAAUCAACAAUGCCACUUUCGUUGUUGAUGAUGCACAACUUCAAAGUGUUUCAAGACGACUUACCAGAAGCCAGCACUGGAAUCAAAUUGAUGGUUCUGAAAAAGACAAGGACGUAAAUCCUGAAAUUCCCCAAGCUGAUGCCUUUGCAGAUCGACUUGAUGAGGAAGCCAGGGAGGAGAGUGUACCUGUCGUGAAUGAAAUCGUACGUGCUAAGAGAAAAACGAGUAGAUCUGCAGCACUGGUGGCAUCGCUAAGUGAAACCCAGAAUCCUGGCCUUGAAGAAUCUAAAGUAGUGGGAACGGAUGAUAUACAGGAACAUACGAGCAAGCCAACAAGACGUACCCGAGCUAGCAAGGUGUCUGAACAAAAGACUGUUGGUGAUUCAUUCAAUUCCACAGCUGACCUGAAAAAAACAAGAGGAAGGAGAAAAGCAACGUCUGUUGAAAAUGAAACUGAAGUGCCAGAACUGUUAUUGCCCCCUACUGAGCCUCAUCCACAAGUCUCCGAAGAUGGCAUUGAUUCUUAUUACAAAGAGGACAAUGGCCCUGUAGAAGAUGUUGCCGUGGAAACUGAGGCUGUCAAACCCAGAAAGAAGAGAACAACUAGAACCAAGGCUGCCCCAGAACCUCCACCACCUGUUGAGAUCAGUUUCCUCUCUCCACUGCCCAGUCCAGCCGAAACCAACGCUAGAAUCGAAAAGAGAACGGAGGAAAAAGAAAAGCCCUCGUUGAAGAUGAACCUACGUCGUAAACGCAUGAUGGACGCUAUUUUCCCUAAACCUGUGACACGGAGGAAGAAACUUUGAUUGCGAUUCAUCUCCAGAUGCGUGGAAAGUGCAGUCUUUUUGUUUUUUCUGCUCUCCCUGUUUCUUAAAAACUGCAGCCUGCUGUUUUCUAAUUAAGAUAGUGUUUGAAAUAAAUAAACGUCUAAUUUGGAAUAAAUAAUUUUAUAUAAAUUAUGAUGUUUACAGUGAGCACUGAGGGACUUGGGCACCAAAAAAGGAGAUGGCUUAUUUUUAAAUGUGUUUCUACUAAUUAAUGCAAAUGUAAAUAGCUUUUUAGGUAUGUUAUAAAUAAAAUUUGAUAUUAUUUUUGAAUUUGAA